CAAACCUUCGAUCGCAACAAUGGUUCAAAUCUCUUCUGCUUUUGCCGUCCUGGCUGUGGCCGUAUCUUCGGCCGUCAUGGUUGAGGCUCAGAACAAGCCCAACUUCUCCGUCAGCAACCUGCCAGACAAGUGGGAGGAGGGCCAAAUCGGUACCAACCAGUGCAAGCAGUACGGCGCUUCCAACCCCAAGUCCAAGUGCCAGAACAUCUUCAUCAACAGUGUCUCUGACUUCUGUCUCUGGGCUCCCCAGAAGCAGGGAACCGUCGGUGCUCAAGAGGAGAAGAUGUACUCUUACUGCACUCGCUCCGGCUACGGCACCCGUCUCAUUCCCGACGGCACCAUCAAGAAGGCACACUUCCUCAAGACCCCCACCUUUGUUCAGGUCACUGGCUUCGGUGACUUCACCAGCAUGAAGAUUGACGCUGGUGAUGAGGGCGGUGAGCUCGACCCCCACGGUGCUACUGGAGCUGGUAACCCUCCCGGAGGCCUCGUCUUCUCUCGCAACUUCAAGGGUCGCGAGGGACAAUGGGUCCAAUCCAAGGAGUGGUCCAGCUUCAUGUCCGCCACCGAGUUCUCCUUCCGUGCCUGCCUGAGCGGCACUCCUGGAAAGGACGCCAAGAAGCUCUGCCCCCACAUCUACGACGUUAUGGGAGCUAUGUGGAACCACCCCGGCAACUACGGUGACGGUUUCGAUGACUGCGAGGGUGAGAACGGCGGCUACCCCGGUGUUUACACCAAGAAGAACGGCUCCGUCUCCACCUUCUACCAGGGCCAGGCCAAGACCCCCGGAGCUCACGCUCCCGGAGCUUCCUCCAACUGCGUUGCUCGCGCUUCCGUCAAGAACCGCGCUGCUACCCAGACACCUUACCGCAGGAACGCACACGCUCGCUCUGCGCCCACCGGUGUCCCCGAGCCCGACUUCGACUAAGCAAAGCGCCCCUAGCUUUGCCAUUCGUCACGGUCAUCUGGGCGCCGCAUUACCGGCAGCAGCUCCCUCGCCCAAUGGACAAUCGUCGUCAUCAACACGCGUUCCGCAUCUCAAAGUGAGGCGCACCAGCCCCCGAACGCAAAUCCGCCUCGUCUCUUUUUUCGCCUCCACACUUGCCCAACCCACAGAUCAUGGUUCACACCAGCCAACUCUCAAGCCUUUUUGCCCAUAUGCGUCCCUUUUUGUCUGCGAUUCGACAAACUUCUAAUCCUCUCCUAGUUCGCAUCUCCGCACAG